CCGCGCCUGCGCGGCGGGGAGGCUUCGCCCCCGGGUCAGGGUUGCGAGGGCCGCUCCCGGCGUAGUAGGCGUCGGGGGAGACUCUGGGCCCCGAAGGCCGGGCCGGGCGUGGCGGGACACCGCCCUGCACACUGGAGGCCCGGUGUACGGAGCCCGGCAGGUGGAACCGCCACGCUGGAGUUGGAGCUGGAGUUCGGUGGGGCGGGAGGGCAGCGGCUCCUCCCAGCCGACCCGGGCGCAGAGAAUGAGUCGGAAGCCGUGGCCUCCGUGCGGAAAGGCCGUGCCCAGAGCGUGCUGCGCUGGUUCACCACCGUGGUGCUGUGUGCCGCCUUCCUGGGGCUGGGACUAAGUGUUGCUAUUCUGGGACCCACCUUUCCAGACCUGGCAAAGAACGUGAACAGAAACAUCAGCAGCCUGUCUCUGAUUUUUGUGGGCCGCGCCUCAGGAUAUUUAUGUGGCUCUAUGAUUGGAGGAGUCCUUUUUGGCUGUAUAAAUCAUUUUUUACUUUUGGGGGUGUCCCUUUCUGCUACCACAGUUGGUCUUUAUCUCAUGCCAUUCUGCAAGACAGCAGCCCUACUGAUUCUCAUGAUGUCUGUCUUUGGGGUUUCAAUGGGCAUUCUGGAUACAGGUGGGAAUGUCCUCAUCUUGGAUCUCUGGGGGGACAAAGGAGCCCCACAUAUGCAGGCCUUGCACUUCAGUUUCGCCUUGGGUGCCUUUCUGGCUCCCCUGCUGGCUAAGUUGGCCUGGGGUACAGCAGCUGCUCAGAACUACACUGAGUCAGACCUUGACCCUCUGAUGCUGAACCAAUCAUCCAAAGGCGCCUCAGACUCUGUGUUCUCAGUACCCGAUGACAAGAAUUUGCUGUGGACAUAUGCUUCCAUCGGCACCUAUGUUUUAGUAGUUUCUGUCUUUCUGUUUGGUCUGUUUUGUAAGAAACAUUCAAGGCAAGAAAAAUCCUCAGCAUCUGCUCAGGGAGCUCGAAGGGCUAAACAUCACAGGGCCCUGCUCUGCCUCCUCUUCCUCUUCUUCUUCUUCUAUGUGGGAGCCGAGGUGACCUACGGCUCUUACGUAUUCUCCUUCGCCACCACCCAUGUUGGCAUGGAAGAGAGCGAGGCAGCUGGCUUGAACUCCAUCUUCUGGGGAACCUUUGCAGCCUGCAGGGGCCUGGCCAUCUUCUUUGCAACAUUCUUACAGCCUGGAACCAUGAUUGUGCUGAGCAACAUNGGCAGCCUGGNCUCAUGUUUCUUUCUGGUGCUUUUUGACAAGAGCCCUCUUUGUCUGUGGAUCGCGACUUCUGUGUAUGGAGCCUCAAUGGCAGCCACGUUUCCCAGCGGCAUCUCCUGGAUUGAGCAGUACACCACCUUAACUGGGAAAUCUGCAGCAUUCUUUGUAAUUGGCGCUGCCCUGGGAGAAAUGGCUAUUCCAGCAGUGAUUGGAAUUCUUCAGGGACACUACCCAGAUCUGCCAGUAGUUCUGUACACAGGUUUGGGCUCAGCCAUAUUCACAGCUAUUGUAUUUCCUGUGAUGUAUAAAUUGGCCACCUUGCCCCUGGAACGCCAUGGCAAAGGAACAAGGAAGAGUGAGGACCAGAAAGCUCUGCUUUCUGGCUCUGAGUUACAGGACUGUGAGGAAGAGAACGAGGAGGACGAUGCAGAGAAGUGGAACGAGAUGGAUUUUGAAGUGGUUGAAAUGAGUGAUCCAGUUCAGGAGUCUGCAAGGGAGGCUUCGAGAGAAGAGGGCUCUGGUCAGGUCCUUCCUGGUGGACUGGUUGCUGAGCCCUUUUCAGUCAGCAGCAGUAAUUCUCUUGUGAAUCAAGACAAAAUAGAUUAACACAAAUUGGCUUACUGCGUGACUGCCACUCCUAAGGACACCAUUCAGGGCAAGCUCUGGCUGACUUUGAGCAUGCUUUUGCACUUGAAAUUUGUGUCUGUUUACAGGAAGCAGUGAGAUCAUUUGGAGUGUUUUGAAUUCUCAGUCUCCUGUAAACUACCACUCGUUGUGCACUGGGAUCUUGUUAGGAGACUGUUUGUGGUCUCUGCCUUACAGAAGGUGUUGGUGUGUGAAGAGCUGGGUAGUGUGCCAGGGGUCAGCACUGUAGAAAAUGAGCUGAUUUGCUGAGCAGCCACACCCUGACAUGAGCCAGUUGUCAUGUCAAAGAGCAUCUUUGGAGAUGGGAAGAGAGUUUUCUUUCUUUUACCCUCUGUGUAGGGUUGAACUGAAAAUCACUGCUGACUGUUUAUUCCUGUGAGAACACACAUAGGCUGUGCUUCCUCCCUGACUUUUAGCUCUGACAAAAACCAAGUUUACUUUUAAUCCCCUGUGAUCCUAGAAAUGCAGUGAGAUUAUUUUUAGCUUUCAGGGAUUGUGUUGUCUCUUGAGUCUUCAUAGUCCAGGCUGGCCUGGAAUUUACUAAGUAGGCCAGGUUGGCCUCUAACUUACCGUUCUGUUUCUGCCUCCUGAGUUUUGUAAUAGAGACAUGUGCCACCAUGCAUGGUGAAACGUGUAAGUUUUAAAGUUGUAUAAUAUUUUUGCUAAAAUAGUCCAUUCAUUUCAAAUGUGUAAACCAAAACUGUUGGGUAGCCCUAUGACGUGCUGGAGCUUGUGCAAUCCUGAAGUUUGGCAGGCAUGGUAUUUAGUGGCACUCCUGCGUUCAUUGAUCUACAACAUGACCUUUCCCUUACUCUCAAGGGUUGUCAUUUAGUAUUCUAGUAAAUUUUAAUUCUUGUUUCUCAAACAUUUAAAAAAACAAAACAAAAGCAUCUUGCCAGUCAUUCUCAUGUUCAUUGGUACAGUGGUUCAUUGCAUUUCAGAGAUUAUAGUAUUUUUGCUGACACUUUAAAAAGAGGUUAUUUUUAUAUGCUGUUGUCUGUGUCAUUCAGAGAGCAUCUGGGGACACGUUGAUUUUAUAUUAUUUUCUUAGCUUUUACUUUUGUCUAGUGCUGUUGACUUGACACGGGGCCUUGCACUUGUUAGUUAAGUGUUCUACCAGUGAGCUAAGUGUCCAUCUCUUAGAUUUUAAUUAUAGAAGCUGUUUUAAAGUUACUAUGUAAGUUGCAGCGGUAUGGACCGGUCCUCUGGUGCCCUCAGCCUGCCUCAUUAACAGAGCUGGGCCUUGCUGUUUUAGGAUUUGACCCUCACCGGGUUGGGGUAUUACAUACAUUCUGUAAGCCAGGCUAAACGUUUAGUUUACAGAUGAGCCCUCAUCUGGUUGUGGUAAUCAGAGAACCCAUGUCCACCUCCAGGACCACUCCAUGAGUUUGAAGUACCUGGAAACCAAAUUAAGAUGGAAGACAGUGGGGUGGCCAAGGAGUCAGGGAUGAGGAAUGUGGCUUCACAAGUGUGACAGAACUAGUCUGGGCCAGCCUUUGGUAAAUGACUUGUACCUUUUCUCAAGUUUUAUGCUGAGUGACAGUGAAUUGCUAUGUGACU